UCACUCUCGGCAUCCCUCUUAGGCAGUCUGCAACACCGACAAUUUGAACGCUUCUAGACUCUGUGUGACUCCCACCUGAGACUCUGCUCGACCCAGCCGUUAGAAUGCCUCCUGCAAGGGCAACAUCCUCGGCGCGCGCCCUCGAGGCCAUCCUGCCUCUGAUCGCCUCUGGACAGCCGUACGAAGCCCAUCAGAAAGCGCGGACGUUCGCUUCGCGUUACAAUAAGUCAAAGCAAUACGACACCGCCAUCGAUGUCCUCUUCCAGUCCGCGAGGGAGCUCCUCAAGGCGGGGCAGCAGGGUAGCGGUACGGAUCUCGCCGCAUUCCUCCUGGAUGUGUACGAGAGCAAGGGCGAGACUGUGAACGACGAGAGCCGGGGACGCCUCACCCAGCUGAUCGCCCUCGCGGGCCCGGCUGGCUCCUGGCGCAAGACGAUUAUCGACAAGUCCGUCGCUUGGUCCGCGAAGGUUGGCCCACAUCCCGCUGGCGACCCUGAUCUCCAACACUAUGUCGGCGAGCUUCUAUACAAGGAGGGCAGCUUCGCCGCCGCCGAAGUGCACCUGCUCGCGGCGGGAAAGCGGGACAGUGCCCGCGUGCUUGCAGAGAUGUUCGUCGAGUGGGCUGGUCCCGCCGCGCCCGCCGGACCCUUCGCGCUGCGGGGGAUCAUACCAUACCUGCAAAAUGGGAACAUCCUCGCCGCGCGGACGUUCAUUGUGCACUUUCUCGCUCAGCUGAGCGCGCGCCGCCCGAGCCUGCUAUCGCCGCACCAGCCCGCCCCAAUCCCCGUCGGGAAGCCUACGGAGGCAGAGGGGCAGCCGGACGAGAUCGUGUUCACGACGGAGCCGACGCUCAACUUCGCGCAGCUCGCGGUGCGCGCGUGCCAGCGCGCGCAGGGGGACAAGAACAAGACGAUGCGCGAGGCCUGGGUGCGCCUCUGCGGGACGUACCAGAGCAAGGCCGGGCCCGUCGCACACAGAGAAGUGCGCAAGGCGCUCAUCGAGAUCGCGGAACUCUACUUUGCAAUACCGCCGCCCCGCGCGCAGCAGGCGAACCCGCUGGGCGACAUGAUCUCGGCGAUGUUUGGGGGUGCCCCGCAGGGCCCAGGGCCCGCGCGCAGGGUGCUCGCCGCGGCGCCGCCGACCUCGACGCCCGGCUUGGACUGAUGGCAGGGCAAUUUUUCCGUGCGGCCACAGGACAGCGCCUUGGGUGGAGCAUAUCCGGUCGGAUUUGGAGAAGACCCGGAGAAUUGGCAGUGUGCGCCAGCGGUGGGCGUCCGAGGUGGGGUUCGUGCGUGGUUUUCGCACUGAUGGCCGCGAGGCGUAUGUUUUUUUCGGAUGGACGAGGAAGCUUCUACACUACGAUGUACUCGCUCGGCUAGCCCCGUGCUCAUAAAAUAAAAGAGGACCUAUGCGGAAGCAGUGUCACGCUCCCCUCUUACGUUCG